AAAAAAAUCAGAGAGAGUCCAUGGAUUCACAGACAAUACCUUGUUUCUUGGUACGGUGAACCUGGAAGACCAAGGAUUGGAACACAACCUCAGAACUGUCUAUGUAAUGUUCUAUACCUGUCCUGCAAAACUAUCAACUUUGUUUAUGGUAUGUUUUGCCAAAAAUGUAACACAAUAAAAUAUGUAAGAGAGACAUUAUAACUAAUAGUUCAACACUUUACAAAAAAUGAACAUAACCAUGAAUGACCUCUGAUUUGCAGUUUUAGAAAAAAUAAAAUGAGAUAAUGUACAAUACAUUGGAAAAUAAAUGGAUAAAUAGAAUACCACAUUCUUAAACAUAGGUAAAGUAAAAAUAAUGCACUUAUGUUUUUUGUAUGUGUAUAACGUAACAAACAUUUUUAAACAUUUAUAUAUAUCUUGUCCUUGCAAACACACCUGUAUGUUAAAUUAAAUGUUUGUUCAGUUUACAGACAUUAUGUUUUAUAUUAUAAUUACUGAUAUCAUAAAACACUGAUGUCAUUGGGAGGAACGUGAUUUGCUUGAAUGAAGAAGCACGCACUUUGAAUCCAGCCAAAUCAGAGGGCUUGGUUGUAGAGGCUGAAAGUCACAUUUGCAUUAGUCACAACUUUGAAUAUAGGAGAGCUUCUCUAAGUGAGCUUUUGGAAAUGAAAAAAAGAAAAGGAGACAAAGAAAUCUAUUAACAAAACUAUUGUCUGUGUUCAAAAGCAUGCUUGUGUUUAUAAAACUGCCCAUGCAAAUAACGCCCACAAUGGUGUGGUUUACAUGCAAUAAUAAAAAUAAGCCUCACCUUCUUGGCACUCUACUUUGGUAGUACCUUUCCGGAAAUUUGGGUUUGCAUGUAGUUUUCUUUUAGGAAUAGAAAUUCUUUCUAAAUCUGACCUCUACUUUCCUUCUACUUCCUCUCCCACCUCUGACCUCUCUAUCUCAGUAUCCCUUAACUCUAACUCUCUCUCCAUCUCCUUCUGCUAAAAACCUAGGUGUUAUUCUUGACCCCUCCCUCUCCUUCUCUUAACACAUCUCUUCCCUGACACGCACUUGCCACUUCUUUCUUAGCAACAUCUACUGAAUCUGUCCUUUUCUCACUACUUAUUCCACUCAACUCCUGGUCCAAGCUCUUGUCCUCUCCAGAUUAGACUACUUUAACUCUCUCCUUGCUGGUCUCCCUGCUUUGGCUGUCCACCACCUUCAGCUCAUUCAAAAUUUGCUGAUCAUCUCGUAUUCUCCCAACCUCGCUACUCUAAUGCUACCCCUCUGCUUAGCUCCCUCCACUGGCUACCUAUCUCUGUGUGCAUUCAAUUCAAAACCCUUGUUCUUGCCUACUGCUCUCUUCACCACAAUGCCCACAAAUACUUCCAAUCCCUCAUGUCUCCCUACACCCCCUCUCCGCUCCUCCUCUACUGGCCAACUGGUCAAGCCUUCUGUCCCUCUCUGUCCUCCCGUGCCCACCCCUUCUCUUUCCCGACCCUCUCUGUUUUGGAACCAGCUACCGGAGAACCUCAGGACUGCUCCAUCUCUCACUGCCUUCCACCACUUCCUUAAGACCCACCUGUUUAGACUGCACUUGUAGAUUGUUUGACCUACCACUCCUACCAUGCACUGGGCUUGCCUGACCUAAGCACCAUGUCCUGGACCCUCACCUAAUGCACUAUCCUUGCACCACUGUUAUGUCACUAUAAAUAUAACUUGUUGCUUGCUAGUUUCAUAUUGUAUUUUAGUUGUCAUAUUGCACUUACUGUAUACUACACUGUAUUUAAAUAUUAAGCUUGCAUUGUAACCCUGUACUACCCUGUAACUAACACCUGUAAGUCGCCUUGGAUAAAGGCGUCUGCCAAAUAAAUAAAUAAAUAAAUAAUAAUACAGCCUUUAGUUAUAGUAGAAAGUUGUUUGAAGUUACAUCACAACAGGAUCUUCACUCCUGAAGUCUUGUGAACAUAUGGUACACCCUUAGUUUUUGGUCAAUUUGUACAGCUUUUUAGCGUGAGAAGGCGAUUUACCCACCCCUUAGUCAUACCUUGUUCUGGCCAUGCACUUCCUAUAACGUGAGGACUGUGUGUGAUAUGUAUGUGCUACGUCAGAUUUUCACAACAAUGGAGAGAUCAUUUUGAGUUUUUAAACUGCAUGUAAACCUUGCUUUUAAUUCUACUGUAGUUCUUGAUAUGUAUUGUUUGUAUACCUGUAAGUCGCCCUGGGUAAGGGCAUCUGCUAAGAAAUAAAUAAUAAUAAUGAUGAUAAUGCCAUUAAAGUCAAAAAGAGUACUUUUAAUGAUGUAUUUGUUCAGCUGGAAACAAUCAACUCUGGAGUCACAGUGGUCCCACUACCCGGUAGGGACAUCACGCAAAUAAAUAAGUUUCUGCAAUGCAAAAAAUUGCAUUUACAGGUACAGUAUGUGUUAAAAAUGUUUGGUUAAUACAAUUUAUUUUCCAUUUCCAUGGGCCAUUUAUAGAUAGCAAGAAGCACUGCGAUCCUUAUGAAACUACAAAUAUCCGUGAAUAUGUUUACAGACCAAAUCCUGCAACAGAAGCUGUUCGCCCCAUGUCUUCAAAUGCAUAUACCUUCCCUUAUGAACUGAGCGGCCCUGUUGGUGCUAACAGAUACAGUGAGGACUUCUGUUGACAGCCAUGUUCAAAACCUGAAAUCAUACGAAGCGGGUCCUCUAUGGGAAGUAAGAGAGACAAUCCUCAACCCCUACAGGAUUGGAGGGUGCUCAGAGGAGAGAAACAGAAAUCGUUAGUUUGCAAGUCACCCUGGAAUAAACCUGUUUCUGAUGAAGAAAUAAGAAAAGUGUUGUCGGGACAGUACCGCUCAACCUAUAGGGAGGAUUAUUUGGGUUUACCUCCAGAUUUUCAAGGAAAACAUGUGCCUCCUAACUGGAAGAAGGACAUCUCUCAAUUGCCUUUGACUGAGUUUAGAUACCGCUACCAACAUCCAAAGCAGAGUCCUGAACUUAAGAGCUCCACCUCCCGCUACGGAAAUAAUGCAUCUCAUCCUUUUCCAGCUAAAGGAGUGGUUCCAAGUGUGACCCUCGCUCACAUCAUUAAUCAGGAGAGUAAGAAGCAGCUAACUACUUACCAGAGGAUGUUUGGAAACAAUAGCAUGGGCAUUUCAACAGCCCUGAACUCUUUGCAGCCUAGAGAAAUUCAAGAAUUCCUUAAGACUGUUCCUGAGCAAGACAGAGCAGUGUUGCAAAGAUUUCUGAAAAACACUGCUGGCAGCCAAGCUAAGGAUGUUUCAGGAGGGUCACCAGCCAAGCCAGCAAAUCCAGUGUGGAUGUCAGGGGUGCCCGGUCCUGUGUAGCCUGCGGUACCUGGAAAAAGCAUUAAGUCAUGUCUGAAGUGGGAUUUAAAAGACCAGGAUAAAUAUGAUUUUUGAGAGUGUGGAGUAAGACCUCUGCAAUCAAUGCUGCAAAAAGUGUGAUUUGCAAUGCUCUUUUCUUUUGUAUGUCUACCUUGAAUCGACAGAUACUGUCUGUAAAAAAAUGAAAAUCAGUAAAACAAAAUGGUUGAUGAAAUGGAAGAUUUUAAAUGAUCUGCAUUUGAAGACAGUAAGGAAACAAUCAUAGAACUGUAUAUUAAGUUGCUGUUAGUAUAUGUUUUGUGAAAAUAGUUAUCCAGCUGAUACCCAGCAUGAUAAUUCUGAUAGACUUGAGGGGGUCAGACAAAUUCUGGAAGUGGGGGGUGGGGAGGAGAUCCAACUUUUGAUUUGAAUUUGUAUGUGUGCAUUUACUUAUUCUGCGUUCAACAAAUGUUUGUGGCUUGGAUCAUUUGUCUUCCUAUACUGGGUAUGGUAAAGUGACACGAAUGAAAUGAGUUGAUAACAAAUACUGAGCAAUUUGUAUUAAAAUAAAAGGACUGUAAAGCAUAACAGAAUAUGAAAGUAUAAUCUUGUGUUUGAAAAUGAUAAUUUUGAUACAGAAGUGUGCAAAGGAGAACCUGUGUCAUAUCAGUCAUAUUCAAGCCCACCCUAACCGGUGGAUACAACACAGAACACGGCCAUGUUAUAGCUAAUUUCUACAGCACUCCGAACCUCAUUCCAAACAUAAUUGUAUGCCUUCUUAAUGCACAGGCACCUGCAUCAACAUACACACAGUACUGUAAACCCCAUUUCAUUUUGCUCCAGUAUAAUACUGG